UUCAUCAUUAUCCGAAGAAUAUGGAUACGCUUUCACAUGUACCCCCAGGCUUUCGAUUCCAUCCCACAGAUGAAGAACUUGUUGAUUAUUAUCUUAGAAAGAAGACUGCUUCGAAACCAAUUGAUUUUGAUGUCGUCAGAGAUGUUGAUCUCUAUAAGAUUGAGCCAUGGGAUCUUGAAGAUUUGUGCAAAAUAGGAAGUGGUGAUCAGAAUGAAUGGUACUUCUUUAACCAUAAAGAUAAGAAGUACCCUACCGGACAUCGAUCAAAUAGGGCAACAAAAGCCGGGUUUUGGAAAGCUACAGGAAGAGAUAAGGCUAUUUACAGAGGAAAAUUCCUUGUUGGCAUGAGAAAGACUUUAGUCUUCUACAAAGGCCGUGCUCCAAAUGGACAGAAGUCAGAUUGGAUCAUGCAUGAAUAUCGACUAGAAACUAGUGAAAAUGGAACUCCUCAGGAAGAAGGAUGGGUUGUGUGUAGAGUGUUCAAGAAAAAAUUGCCAACAGUGAGGAGAAUGGGAGAUUACGAGUCACCAAAUUGCUAUGACCAAGUCCCAUUCAUGCAACAACUUGAUAACUCUCCAAGAACAUCAAUUUCCCACACUUACGUAUCAUCACAAUAUCAGCAGCAGCUACACUAUUCACAAUGCAAGCCAGAGCUUGAUUUGCAGUACAACAUGCCACAUCAUCAUCAUGACUCUUUUCUCCAGCUCCCUCAAUUGGAAAGCCCCAAAGUUCGUCAUCAGCCAGCUACCCCAUAUGGUAAUUAUGUCAUGCAGUCUUCCAUACUCACACAAGAGGAGCAAUUGCAUUACUUCUGCCCGCAAAAUCCUUUCAACUCAUCUGCGUCGUCAUCAGGACAUAUGCAUUACAACAACACUGAUUAUCUACAAGUUGUUGAUCAAGUGAAGGAUUGGCGAGCCCUUGACAAGUAUGUUGCAUCACAGCUCAGCCAUGACCAGCAAGAUGCUUCCAAGGAAGUCACAAAUUACUCCAAUGCACAAGAAACAUUUCAUGUGGCUGAACACAUUAAUAUGCUUGCCAAUGAAGCUUCCAGAAGGCCAGACUAUAAUAAUAAUGGACAGGAGUACUACGCCUCAACAUCAACCUCUAGUUGCCAAAUUGAUCUCUGGAAAUGAUCAAGAACAUGAAUAUUACAGUAACUGUUAGCCACUACAUGAUACUAACUAAUCGUAGGAGGUACACUUUAAAGGGAUCGAUGCUGUACAUAAGAAAACACAAUUAUGGUGUUAAUUUUACCUAUUCGACUUUAAAUUUGUGACUUUUUGUGUUGAUGAAUAGAGGACAACUAGGGUGACCAGUUAUAUGUUUAAUUAUAAAAUAACUUAGUGAAUCAAUUUCAAACCAUUUGCUAGAGGUCGUAACAAUCCA